AGGCAACGGUAAAUGGAAACUUGCUAAGAUGGCAAGGAAAUGGAAGAUACAAUACAAUAUGACUUAGUAGUUUGAGGUGCAUUACUAUACCAUAAUAAUAAUUGCAAUUUACAGUGUUUCAUCUUUACGUGAAAUAGGUAACUAUUUUAUUAACUUUAAAAAAAUUAAAAUUAAUAUAUUACGGAUUACGAUAGAAAUAUGUUAAGAAAUCACCAACCUUGAAGGAAGCUUCGACGAACUUACGAAGUAAGCAUAUUUGACUACUUAAACUUAGUCUUAGUUAAGCCCUAUGCCAUCUUGCAUGACAGUUUAAGCCUAAAACCAAUUAAGGUUAACUAAUAAAAAAAAAGAUCAAAGUAAAGCCAAAGCUAAUUUAAUUAUUUAGGUAUUUAUUUUAUGGCAAUGAAUGUUGAAUCAUGAAUGAUGAGUGUCAUGUCAAAAUUGAGAGGCCAAGCCUAUCAGAUCCUUAUGGGCAGGCCUGCAUAGCUCAAAAUUUAAGGUGGGCUAUAAUACGUUAUGAAAAAAUUAUGUGGGCCUAAAAAUAAUAGGACAGGGAGGAAAGCUAUUAAGAAAAUAAUAAUAAAUAAUAUUUUGUUUCUUCGUGGGCCAUAUGGUUGUGCAUGCCUGCUUUUAUGGACAUCCACACUAUCACUAAUAAAUUGAAUAAUCAUAAUGAAUCAUAUGCAGAUUAUUAGGCUUUAUCCUUUCAAAUCUAUAGCAUUCUUCAACAAAUGCAACUUUGAAAAUGAAGUGAAAGCUAAUAUGAGACCAAUUAUGAACUGGAAAGAAAUAAUAUUUUGGGGAAGAUUCAAGAUAGUGAUCAUAGUCAUAGUAUAUAAUAUAAUAAUAUGGAUAACGGGGUAAUUUAACUGAUUAGCUACCAGAAUUAAAAACCCACCGUGGCCGAAUUAAUCUAGGUCAAAUUUACUGUGAUACAAACAUUGGCGCUACCAGCUGCUCGUGUCCAUAACAAAAGAAAUGCUCUGCUGCUCCCACAGGCUCAUGGUAAUCUUGAAAAAGACAAAAUAAUGAAUGAGUUUUCAAAAAAGCCUGGUUCAGCAAAUGGGACCCAGUUAAAACAAAAUUGAGGGUAAAAACAAAAAGUUCAGAUAAAAAAUACAUGAGAAUUGUAUGAGCCAAUCUCUGACGCAUAACUAUGGUUUAGUAUUAGUAAUGAGUCAAGUUGUCUAUGAAUAAAAAAUAAAAUGACUUUAGCUCAAUAUACUCAUUAUGUACAUUAUUAUUAUUAUAAGUAGUUUUAUAUAGUGUAGUACCCCAGCCUAGGGCUUGGCUCACCACGCUGUACAUACAAUUUAACAAACAUAAUCAAGAACAUAAAAAAUUAAUUAACAUACAUUAAUUAAAAAAAACAACAAAUGUACAUCCGACAGUAUGGGGGCUUGAAACUGCAUGCUCACUUAAUGUAAGUUAUAAAUUAGGCCUAAGUGCUAAAAGUAAUCAAGGCAUAACAAUCAAUCUGACUGUAGACUACAUUAAAAGCUACAAGUAUAAAAAUUACAAAAUUAUAAAAGGCUUUUACUUAAAAUUAUUUUGUCUCUCACAAAAUUGUUCUCAUUUACAAGUCAUUUUAUUUCAAUGUCUUUUUCAUAAUUGUUCAUUUAUCAAAUAAGUCUUCAUCCCUGUUAAUCAAUGUUAUUCUAAAUGUGUUUAUGUUAUCACUAAGACUAGAGAGAUAAAAUACUCAAACCAUUUCAUAAAUCAGCAGGCCUAAAAUUAAUACUUUAAUCGAACUUGAAAUAAUAUUUAAGUAUAGCACUGUGGGCUCAAAAGAAAAAAUUAAGGCUUAACAAGGAGUCAUUUAAAAUAUUGAUUUCAUAGGUUAGAUAAUGAAGUCAUUGAUGGAAUUUAGAAGCAAAAGAAUUAUCCAAGCAGGAAGUAAUGGUGUCGUCUUUUAACUUACACAAUACUUCAAUAAUUUGGCCUACCUUCAUAUCUGAGAGACUAAGGGGUCCAUCCGUAAACGGGGACACAUAUCUAAGAGUGGGGCUCACAAAUUUGUUAUGAUGUAUUAAUGUAUCAUACGAGUGUCUAAAUUGUGUGACGAAUUGACAACGACGGAAGGGGGCCUAAAGUCAUAGAAAAUGGUGUGAAGGCCCCUAACCACUUAAUUAUUCUUUGAUUUCGUUGAAGGUUAGUUGUCAUGUCUAGAAGUGAAUUGUGAGAAAGUAAUAUUCAUCAACAAUAUAAAUAAAGAUACAUUGUCUCUCUGUUUUUUAAAUACACGUAAAUUAUGCAUCAUGUACAUUUUGUUUCAUUUUAUUACUUUUAAAGUAUUAUUUCAUUUUGAAGACAAAAAUCAAAAUACCUGCACAGGCUUUCCAUGUUGAAAAUCCAAGUGUAAGGUGUAAAUUGGAGUUAUCUUGUGCCACCAUGUUUAUAUCUAGCCUCAAUGAUAGUAAAUAUAUACUUCAAUAUGCUUGUACCAAUAUAUAUGAAACUAGGGCUUAACCAUGUUGCAGUUUUUUUUACACCUGGUCUGGGUAUUUUGAGAAAAUAACCGACGGGUCCCAAGAGUUAACUUCUCAUUUUCUAAAAAAUGCAAUGAAAUGUACUGCCCUAUUUCGUAGUGAGGGUGCAUUGCCUUUGUCAAACAUUUUUUUUUAUACUGGAUCUGGGUAUUUUGAGAAAAUAACUGUUCAGUCCAAAGAGUUAACUUUUCAUUUUCUAUAACAUGCAACGAAAUCUACUGCCCUAGUUUGUGGUGAGAGUGCAUUGCCUUUGCCAACUAUUUGUGUCAAGAAAUAACCCAUUGAUAGGAACAGGCAGUUGCCGGAUCCCGGAAUAGAGAUGACAUUGUACAAAAACCUGUCGACAGAGAAGAUACUGUCAUUCAUUUUAUAACAAAGCCUUAGGAAACAACAGAAAAUAGCAAUAGCUUCUUAUACCAGGCUUCGGAAAAGAAUUGCAGGCACACCCAUGCCCGAAGUGAAAGGACUGCCUACGACCUAGUUCUAUGUGAUGUGCAGCCCCAGAACAAAGAUGUGAAAAAACAGUGACAUUUUUUAAAAUAAAAAGUCUUUUCACAAGAAACAAAAAAAUCAAGCUAUUUACUAGAAUUCAGAUAUUAUACAUGGAGCUGGCUGUGUGACAGAGGAGCAUUAACAAUAAAAACACCAAAUAAAAGUCACCUCCUCCUAAAGAAAAAAAAAACAAUCUAUUUACUAGAGUUCAGAUGUUAGGCAUGAAGUUUAGGCAUGAAGUUUGCUGUGUGACAGCUUUUUUUUUCACUUGGUACUAUUAAUAUAAAACAUAAUGUAUAUAGGGGGUGUGGUGUGUGUUGUGUUAGAAGAGGAACAAAGACGCACCAGAAGUAAAACAUGUAUAAGAGAUGUUUAAUUAUGUAUAAAUGAGCUGUUGGCUACUAUAUUCUCAGUAAUUUUAAAACCAGCUUUUGCGUUUGAGACUUCAGAGGUCACUGUUUUGACCCACAAAAUUAUAAAACUUUAAUCUAGAAUUAUUAUUUUUCUUUUUACAUAACUUUUUUUUUACAUUUAAUAUUAUUCUUUGAGAAGUAUCACUGUCUUGUUUAAAUGAUCAACUUUUUUGAGGGACUUCUCCUUGGUUCAAAUGUAAUACUGCUUUGUUAUUUAAAUGUAAGUGAUUUUAAAAAAGCUAUCCACAGCUAUUAGUGGGACCAGAAGCAUAUGUAAUCUUUUUUCUGCAGGUGCAAGCUCCCAUUCUCAAUUGAGUAAAAUUGUCUUAGCUUCUGCCUCUGAUCAAUAUUUCCAACAUUAACUUGUGUGCAGUCUUUGUGUGGAAAUGUAAAUUUAGGUCAAGUGCUUAGCAGGAGAAACAUAUUAAAUCAAUAUUUAAAAAGGCAACAUGGCAUACAUGACAAGUUAUAGCAUACACUUUUGGUAAUAUCAAUGACAUUUACAUCUUAAUUAAAGUAAUACCUACUUGGGAGCUGCAAAAGUUAGAAUUUAAUUCCAGUUUUAAUGCAAGAUUUAUGAAAAUCUUAUUAAAAAGUUAUGAGGAAAAAAGUUACAUUUUCUGAGAAUACAUAGGAGAAAAUAUGAUGGCACCUGUUAAAUUUCAUAGUCUAAUUUGGCUGCAUAUUUAAAGUGCUUUCCGAAAGGACAGAUUUCUUUAUAAGAUAAGCAUACUUAAAAUCUAAAUUCAUAUUUAAAACAUCUGUCUAAGUGAAAGAAAAAAAAACUGAUAAAAUAAAUUAGAGACGUUACUUAACUUGUAAUUCUUAAUUUAUUAAUUUCAAUGGUGUGACACAUUGUAUUACUGCUGUUAGUCAAGCCUUAAUCAAAAAUGUUUCCUCCAUGCAGUGUUUAAAUGUUCUUCUUCCAUUUCGGGCUACUAGGUCAUGGAUAAUCAUUCUAAUAUGGAUGGGCUUGAUGGAUUGCCUAUGGAUUUGUGGAUGAACCAGCAACACCCUGAUUCAAAUAUGACCUCAUCUGUUUUCCACCACCCAUCAGCACAACCUAUGAGAGAUUAUUUAUCUGUAACUCCUAGAACUAUGCCAGCUGCCUUUGGUAAUUUUCUAAUUUUCUGUAAAUGAGCAUUUAUCUAUAUACAUCUUAUCAAUGCAGCAAAAAUAAACCAGGUACAGCUUAAAUAGCUUAUUACUAUUGAUAACAUACAUUUGCUUAGAAAACUAGAUUAGAUUAUUUAUACUGUACUUUUUAACCUCACAAACCCAGAAUUUUUAUUGAAAUAAUUUUUGACUCAGUUUUCUUUUUUACUUUCAGAUGAUUCAUUGGCACCAAUGGUUCAGAACGCUCAUAUGAUGUCAUCAUAUGGUCGUUGUCUGCCCACUCAGUCACAUCAGCCUGAUAGACAGGCACCAACAUUAGAAAGAUCGGCAUGGUCACAUAUUAUGUCCCUUGAUCAAGCCAUAGGAUCUUAUGAGACCCAGGAGUCUAUGAGGCAUUUACCAAACAGGUAUUCACCACUUGAUGAAUACAAGUCAAGGGAAGAAUCUUUAAAACCUACUUCAUUGCCUACCUCAUUUCCAAGUGGAAUUUUGCCUAGACUGCCCUCAGCUCCAAAUAGUUCGAAUAAUUUUUCACCAAUGUCAUUUUUAAAUACAUCUCAAGAUAAAGUUUCACAAUUGAAUGAAUUGAUGAAUCUAACAAAAACCACGAAGACUCUUAACACUCAGUCAUUAACUAUUUCUACUGAUGUGUCCUCACUUGAAUCAUCUGGUGACUACUCUCCAGUAUCGCCCCCAACAACAAUUUCAGAUCAGUUGUCCAGUCAUAACCCAAACAGAGUGGCAGAAACAUUAAGAGAUGAUGCAUUAAGCUCAAAUUAUGGAUCACUGCCUGCAGACACAACUGAUAUAUUUAGUUACUUUUCUAGCAAAAAUGAGAGCUUUCCUAUUAGUCAGGACAAGCUGUCUUAUUCACAGCCAAGCCAUGUUACUACUACCAACAAUUUACCCAGUCCUUCAGAUGUCCCACUUGAUAUGACUAAAGUCAUUAUUUCCAAAGAGGAUAGUACUCAAUCAUCUAUAAUGCCUAAAUUGAUAUCAAGUCAUCUUGUGUUUGAUUCCAACAAUAAACAGCCUAUGAAUUCUGUAGGCAAUGAAAGAUCACCUUUAUUACAGACCUUGCUGUGCAAAGGCCAGGUGAACACCACUGAUGUAACUAAUAUAAAAUCAACUCAACCACAGCUUACAUUUAGUCCUCAAAUUAAAUUUAUUCAGCCAGUUAAAAGCACUCCAAAAAAGUCAAAUUUUUAUGGUAGAGAUGCUUCACUCUUUUCUUUUCCACUAGAAAACAAACCAUUGGGUUCACCACACACAAUAGAGGGUGCCUCUGGAUCUAUGGAUUCUACCCAAAUAUUUUCAUUUGAUGACUCAAUAAAAAAUGUGAAUAUGAGAGGUGAAGAUUUUGUAGAUAAUAUAGAGGAGAGUGAGGUACCCAAUGAAAGGGCCGACAAUGGGAAUCUAAUUACUGACAAUGUUGAUUCCAGCCAAGAGUUUAUAACCAGUGAUCAUUCUCUUCUGGCUGAAUCAAAAGUAUUAUUAAAUUCUAUGGAAACUUCUGAUUCAGUGAGUGAUUUAAUCCCAUCAGGAUUUAACUCUAGUAAUCUACAGUCAGUAGAUUCAUUUAUAGAAAAUGCUACUCGCAAAGAAGUAGGUGGUGAUGAAAUUUCCAUUGACCAGAAAGAGUCACUAGAUGACCAUAAAAAUGAACCUGAAAAUUUAUUGCAAGGUAACAAUUUAAUGGAUGAUCCCUUGAAUGGCACUAGUAUAAAUGAUAAUUUAGAGCCAGAUGAUACUACCCUUUCACCCCCUGAAACACAUGGCAAAGGCAAACGGAAGAAGCGCAAGGGAGUUGCACUAAAGGCCAAACCCCGUAAGCAACCCGCACGGAAACGAGGACGUCCACAGCGUAUAAAUGUAAAUCUUGCCAUGGAAACAUUAAAUGAAAUCAAUGAUGCAAGUGCAGACAACGGUGAUGAGAUUCACACAGAAGAUGUGGUUGUAGGGACUCAAAGGGUAAGGAAAAAAAGGGGGCCACCACAACCUCGGACUCCCAACCUAGAUGUAGCACCUAGAAGGAGCUCCAGUCGCAAGUCAAAGGAUAAUGCCAUGAGACUUAUAGAGCUACAAGCUGAUUCAAACUACAGUGGUAUUCGCCAACCUGAAGAAGAAAUACCUUUGGAAAAGAAAUCUGUUCGCAAGGCUAAAAAAAAUGCAAAUAAGCUUUCUGCUUUAGAAGAUGAAUUGAGUGAUAUCAGUGAUAAUAAUUCAUUAGGAGAUAAAAGUGAUGAUGACUAUGUUAUUGAUGAGGAGGAAGCACAGGCUGUUGAUAAUGAUGACAUGGAGGUUGUAGAUGAGAAAAAUAAAAAAGCAAAAGAUAAAAAAAUUGGUGGACUUAAAAUGUCAAUAAAAUUGAGUGGAAAUUCUUCAGCUGAAAUAGUUUCUGGUAUUGAGGACUCGCCAGUGAAAAGAAAAAGGAAGUUGCCCAAAAAGAAAUCAGAAAAAAACAAAGCUAAAACCAAAAAGUUAGACCUUGAAAAGUCUGAACCUUUUUUGGAUGAUAUGCAGGUUAAAGAUGAGACUGUGGAAGAGACAAAGGAAGAAAUAUCAGAGGGAGCUGCUGCAGAUAUGACAGAGAAACACAUGUCAUUGUUGCAAAAAUAUUUCUCUACUGCCAGUUCUGCAACUGCAGCAAGGCAGACAAAUAAGAAUUCUAUUCCAAGUAAAAUUAAAAAGCUUAAGAAGAAAAAUGACAAUGGAGCGGGUAAUAAGUCUAAAGUUGGUAAGCCAGGAAAAGUAAAAACUGGUCCAAAACAAAAGACAUCUGUAAAAUUUAAUUUAGACGAUGAGACUAAGUCUUUAGAAGACCCUGAUUCAGCAACUCCUAAAUUUGUUUGUGGGUACUGCCCUCUGCGAUAUCACAGCAAACAAGACUUAAUGACUCAUAUGGAAGCUCACAUGGUGGAAAUGGAAGGUAAAGAUAAUGCUUCUGCAACUCCCUCAACAGAAGACAAGAAAAAAGAUGCAGAUAGUCAACCUAAUGCUGCUAUCAGCAGAGAUCCCAGAUCUAACAGACUUGGCUCUUCAGCCAGCACAAAUCAACCAGUUAAACCUCCGCUAAUGGAAAAAGCUAAAACUCGACCAUUUAUUGAAACUGUCAAGGAGAACAAGCCUGAAACAUUGUCAAUUAAGAAUAAGUUUAAAUGUGGAGAAUGUGAUCAAAUAUUUAACUCCAAACCUAAUCUGCUAGAUCAUGUUCGUAUCCACACAGCCGAUAAGCCUUUUGAAUGUGACAUAUGUCACAAAUGCUUCACUGAAAGAAACUUGCUAUCAGCUCACCGGAAAACCCAUGUCCAAGAAAAGCUUUUGCGGUGUCAUAUGUGCAGCAAAGCUUUUGUUGAUAAGGCAGAUCUCAGUUACCAUAUGCAAUCUCACCCUAAACGCUCAAUGACCAAUUCCUCUGUAAAAAUGUCUUUUUCUUAUAAAAAAGCUGUGAAAAAAACUGUGCUGGAAACUCCAGAAAAAGAUUCUCCUUCCCUCAAAGCACCAACUUCAUUUGCAUCAGCUUUAAGUGGGGAGCCUGAGACUUCUGGCAAUGCUGCUCCAUUAGUUAUUCUUUUAAAAAGAGGAGAUGCUCCUAGCACUAGUUUGUCUGGGAAAAGCUCUGUGUUAGAUUCCAAAUGGCCACCUAAACCAAGUCAUUCUCCAGUUAUGUCUCAAAAAGUUCCAGCUAAUGUUACUGAUCACAAGCAAAAAGAAUCCGACAAACUUGAUGUCGGCAGUAAAACUAAAGACUUAAAUAGCAAAAUUACAGUACAAACUCAACAAAAUAAUAACAGCACAACUGUUUUAAGCAAGGCAGGAGAGCAGAAUGUGUCUGAUGUGUGUAGUUGUAAAGAGUGCCCAGAUUGUGUAACCAGGUUCUUACAGAGUUUUGAUUGUUGAAUGUCUCUGAAAGAAUUUUU